GGAGUUGCUUAAGACUGCUGGUAUCUAUUACAACUCCAGCUCUGCCAAUCUGAAGCAGUUGGCUCGCGAGUUUUUCAAAUCACUCGAUUUCGACAAUGAUGCAAAGUCAGCCUCCAUGAGUUCAAGCGGUUCAUGAGGGAUGAAGGCCAUCACAAAAUGAACAAUCGUCACUUCUUCGAACUGCUCGACAGGGAAGGUAAUGGCAGUCUGAAAUUCAUGGAGGUGAUGAGUCUAUACUACAUCAUCAAAAGUGGACGGCCUUUCUGUGAGGGGUGUGAUGAAUUCAUUCCAGGCAUGUUCUUCACAUGUUCAGAAUGCUUUGAAAAUGGCACAAACAACCCCUUCUGCGUUUGCCCAAUGUGUUUCGAAAAUGAACGGUUCAUCCAUCCUUCUCACAAAUCCAACCUGUUCUUGGAUAACUACACAUUGCUCGAGGCUAAGAGGCAGUCAGCUAUGGCUACCAGAAUCGCAGCCGAGGCUAAGCAACUCGAGGCUAAGAGGGAGGAAGAACUCUUGGCUACCUUCGCUACCUUCCCUCGUCAAAACCAGCCAAGCUCUUCAGGUGUUAGAAUCGUUGAACUUCCAACAUCUGCAUCCACAUCAUCAAUGUAAUGGUUCCAUAUAACUACAAACCAGUAACUCCAUCCUUUCUUUUUUAUAACAAUCAAGUAUUUC